CUUCUCCUGGCCUAUUGCCACCAAGCUUGCAACUCACCAGAAAAUCGUGGUACAAUUAACAACGGCCCUUAGGUGAACCACUUCCCCUGGCCUAUAACUGUCUGCUUAUUGUCAUACGGAAAUAUAGCAAAAGUUGUUUCAGAAUUGGAUGAUUUUUGUUCAGCAGGUGCUGCCGCAUAUUCCUUAAUAGUCAUUCAAAAUAAGGAAUAUGAUUAUUUACAGCCAUGUGUAUUACAAAUCAUUCAAUCUAUGGCGGGAGAUUUCGUUCAGUGUAUAGGUUGAUUCGUGAGAACACGCGGCUUGACAUUCACUCACUGCUUCGUGUGAGUGAUGAUAAUUCACUCACUCACUGCUUCGUGUGAGUGAUAUGCGAUGAAGAUGAGUUCAUGGAUACGUAAACAUAAACACAAACAUCUGAUCGCAAGCAACAAAUUUCAUUUACUGGAUACGUUCUUCCGUAGCAGGAAACUUAAACCUUUAUUUUAGUAAUAAUCCACUUUAGUGCUUCAAUAAAAGUGAAUCAUGUCUUCGGUGAUAGUUACCACAGAUAAGCCAGAAGGCUUCAAAUGUUUCCAACAAUUCUGUCGGCUUUGCUUGGGUGAAGAAUCACUUGAAGAUAUAUUUUCGGAAACAGGUCUGAAUCAGUUGAUUUCGGAAUUGCUCUCAGUACAAAUAUCCCAUGAAGAUCAAUUGGGUCACGCUAUCUGCGCGAUUUGUCGCUUACGAAUUGUUGAAUUCCGUCAGUACCGGGCACGAUGUCAGGAAGUGCAAGGAGUACUGCAAUCCACGGCGCAGAACUUAAGCGGUGGUAUGGACAAAGAUUCCACGACUGAGUCUGUUGAAAAGAAUCAUAUGCCCUUCGAAUCGCGCGAAAUAAAAACUGAAGUAUGCGAAGAAGAACUUGGUUUCGUCAUCGAAACAGACCAAGCGGAGGUUGGUCUCAAGACAAGAGUUGAAACUCCGGACACAAUUGUAAAUUAUAGCCAUGAUCAACUUGGACUGCUGUUACUAUCAGAUUGUACAGAAUUAUCACAUGAUAAUGAAGAAGACCAUCAGAGAAUUCCAUCUACAGAGGUGGAAUAUGCACAAAUGGUUGGCAUAAAAGAUGAGAUUGAUAUAGAACCAGUGAAAAUAGUUUGUACGGACAUAGAUGCUGGGAUAACAAAUAAUUGUAAGAAUACAUUAAGUUCGGAAACAAUCUCACCCGUAACGUCGCAAAUCCAAAAAGCUAGAACACCCCAAUCAAUGCAAUGCAAAACAUGUAAUAAGAUACUUAAAAGCGAACAUCGACUAGUGGUACACGAAAGAAGAGUGCAUGGGCCAAAAAAAUACAACUGCGAUGUUUGUGAACACAGCUUUCUUUUGCCGAGGGAUUUGAGAAGGCAUGAACUUUCGAAGCAACAUUUAAAAUAUAUGGCCUUUGGAGGACGUUCAGCAGCUCAUGGCAAAAAAAUAUGGCAAUGUAAGGAAUGCGAAAAAUCAUUCCGGGAUAAUAAACACUUACAAUCUCAUAUGAAGAUCCAUGGCCCUAAAAUGUUUGAAUGCCAAAUAUGUGGAAGGCCGUGCACACUCCCUGGUCAAUUGAAAAGGCAUAUGUUAACGCAUGAUCCAAACCGCACUCGUCGGCCGGUGAGAGAAAGGGUCAACGCCGCUGCUGGGCCAUUCGCUUGUGACAUAUGCCAGAAGGAGUUCAGGACGAGAUGUACACUGGGCUGGCACAAAAAGCAAGUGCACGGACCGAAAUCUUAUGAAUGUCACAUUUGUGAUUCGAAAUUUACCACACGUUAUAUUUUGCUCGAGCAUAUAAAGAGGCAUUAUCGUCACGAAGAGAAGAAGUGAAUUAGCGCGACCCCCGCAGUCUGGCAACACUGAUUAGUAUGCGUUUUUGUGUUUCCGCUUCGAUAAAUAAAUGAUUACGUAGAGUUUGAUCACUAACGAG